AUGGCAUUUCUCAGAUCAGACGAAUUCGACCCGACUACAUUCAUCGAACUGCCGCCAAUCACAACACCUCUACAACCAAACCCGGUGGUUCUACUUGCCAUCCUCGCACUUUGUGCCCGUUUACAUAAAACCCUUCCUGACGCACUCAAUGCAUCCCUUGAGUUUGGGUGGCAUGCACGUAAGUUGGUUCUGGCAGAAUUUGACAACCCGUCACUAUCAAAUGUACAAGCGUUGUGCGUGUUAAGCAGCCAUGAAUGGGGAGAGGGAAAUGCAUGUAGAAGCUACAUGUACGUCGGUUUAGCUGCCAGGAUGGCGAUGGUUUUAGGAUUAAACGAAGAACCUACAGGGGCCAAUGAAUUAGAGAAUGAGAGAAACUUUAUAUUUGGAGAAAUUCAAAAGCAGUGUUUUCGCGAUGAAGUUGACAAGGAGGAAAUGGACAGGACCAAAAUAUCAUGCAACGGGUUUAUGAUUUACUUGUUUGAGAUUUGGAGGGAAAUAGGGACUUGGGUUGGUGUAACGGGGUCAAAGUUGGAACCAUUAGCGCCGUGGGAUCCCGACUCUCCAUUUUGCAAAUUAUCCAAAAGGUUGGACAAGUUUGAAAAACAACUUCCUUCCUCGCUCAACUUUUCACACCUCGAGGAACAUAUCAGCUUUGGAUCAGCCGGGGAUUUUGCAUACUUCCAUGGCUUGUUCUUUCUAUGUCGAAUUUUUCUCAACCGGGAGUAUUUCUUUGCCCUGCCCGAUAUUGGUCCACCAGGUUGGUGGAACUCGCUUGCCACCGAGUUGUUUGAUACAUUGAAUAAACUAGAUCUGAUUACAAAGAGGUUAAAACCGUUGAAUCUUAUGGUGAUUGCUCCGUUUACAGGAUUUCAGGUUUUCACAACUGCCGCCACCAGUUUGUACAUUGCUGCUUAUCCUGCCAAAGUUUUGAAACAACAUUUUCCAACACAAUCGCCUGAUAAAUUCAAAUCAAUGGCCAAUGAUUGCAUCAAAACCCUAAACAGCUGGCUGCAAUCGUGGGGGUUGGGCAAAAACUGGAUUGAAACUUUGAAAAAGCUACAAGAGAUAGGAGACAGCAACGGAUGA